GGUGUCAAAGAAACGCGCGUUCAAUUUAAGAAAUCAGUGCCCUGGUAUUUGAAAUGUGUUUGCAUUUAGUCAUGUUUGAUAGAAUAAGGAAUUGCCUGUUUCAAUUGGUCUAUGGGAUGCUUUUAAAGAGAAUAUCUUAUCCAUUGAUCAUUUCUUAGCAGUAGCAAUGUGUGAUAAAUUCAACAGGGGAUGCCCACCUUCUCACUUUCUCCAAUAAUGUACCAGCAUAUGGUAAUACAGUGCUAAACAUAAGCUACGAAAAAUACAUUUGUUUGUCUAAUAACUUCACAACACGAUAAUGAGAUGUUCAAUAUAAUACUGUCAGUUUCAUUGUCAUUGUCAAUUCAUAACUUACUACAAAACAUAAUAAACAGUACUGCCAUAUCAAUUAUUCAUUAAUUUAAUGAGAGCUAUGUGUGUAAGUCUGUUCUAUUCUAUGAUAGGUGAUUCCCUGGUCAACCACUUUAUGUAUGGAGACUACCUAGCUUUACCAUCCCCGAGAACAGAUAAAUUGGUAGUGCAGAGUGUGGAAUUGCACAAGGACCAGAACAAAGCAGCACAUCGGACCAACUCCUUUAAACAUGAUGGCCUCAUCAUACGGCGGGGUCAGGUGUUCACCCUGACUGUCACUUUCGACCGUGCGUACACUCCAACAGAUAAGGUCAUCUUGGAGUUUACAAUUGGUGAUAACUUCCUCUCUGACAAGGAGACUUACAUCUCGCUGAAUCUAGGAGAUAGUACUGGGAAUAAGUGGGAAACCAGGAACACUGUUGACGGUAACACAGUAACUGUGGACAUAAAACCUUUAGCAGACUGCAUUGUGGGAAUGUAUUGCUUCAAUGUUAUCGUGGUGACGCCUUUGGGAAAAUUUCGGACUAAGAGAGACCCCAACACAGACUUUUACAUCCUGUUCAAUACAUGGUGCCCAGAGGAUGGCGUCUUCUUAAAUAACGAAAGUCAGAGGACAGAGUACGUUCUCAAUGAACAGGGAGUAAUCUACAAUGGAGAAACUGAAAAUGUGACCCAGAGGCCAUGGAACUAUGGACAGCACAAACGUGGUGUUCUGGAAGCCUGUUUCUUUGUCCUGAACUCAACUAACAUGCCGCUGGAUAACAGAAGAUAUGCUGUUAAUGUAGCCCGGAGGGGAUCUGCAAUUAUCAACUCUAAGGAUGAUAACGGGGUGGUGGUGGGUAACUGGAGUAAUGACUAUAGCAUGGGCACAGCGCCCGACUCCUGGACUGGCAGCGCAGAGAUCCUUCUGAAGUACCACCACCAGAGCGGCGUUCCUGUGUCUUUUGGACAGUGUUUGGUGUUUGCUGGCGUGUUGAAUACCUUUUUUCGGUCUCUGGGGAUCCCAUCCAGGGUGAUCACCAACUACAGCUCUGCCCAUGACAACGGUGGAAAUAUAAAGACUGAUAUCUAUGUGGAUGAAAAUGGGAGUAUGGACAAGCUUCGCACUCGAGACUCAGUGUGGAAUUACCACUGCUGGAAUGAGAUCUGGACGACAAGGAGAGACCUGCCUGAAAGAUGGAAUGCUGCGGGCUGGCAGGUGGUGGAUGCCACACCUCAAGAAAUCAGUGAAGGACAAUUUCGAUGUGGCCCAACCUCUGUUAAAGCCAUCAAAGAGGGAGAACUGUGUUUGCCUUUUGAUGGCCUGUUUGUCUUUGCAGAGGUGAACAGUAAUGUAGUAUACCACAGCACCGACCAGUAUGGACAGUCGAAGAUAGUACGAGUGGACACGACCUAUGUAGGGAAAAAGAUCUAUACAAAAGCAGUUGGUUUAAAUAUGUUUGAAGACAUCACACUUACCUACAAAAAUCAAGAGGGAAGUGCCUCUGAUCGUGCAGCCAUGGAACGGGCAGCAAACUUAGGUUGUGUAGGAUACCGUUCUACCCUCCAGCCAACUAAUGUGACGAUUGCUAUGGUGGUACCUGCUGUGCAGCUGGCACAAAACUUCACCCUGAUCCUUGAAGUUAAGAACACAAGCACGGAACAGCAGACUGUUCAACUGACUACAACCUGCAGUGUCACCUACUACACCGGUGUCAGCAACGGCACCUUCAAGGAGGACAGACAGACUGUCUCUCUAGGGCCAUUAAGGACUGAACAGGUGACCAUCGAGAUCCUGGCAAUUGAGUAUAUGAAGUAUAUGGUGGACAAAGGCAGCCUCAGCUUCACCUGUGUGGGCAAAAUCCAAGAAAACAGUCAGUUUGUGACAGCAGCUAGAGUGGUCACGCUGGAAGUCCCAUCUCUAAGUUUUAAGAUUGAUGAUAAGGUAAGGGUGGGCCAGGAGAUGUCUGUCACCUUGGAGUUCACCAACGUCUUCAACAUCACGCUUACACAAGUGGGGCUACGCAUGGAGGGCCCUGGUGAGAUGGGAUUUAAAACCCAAUAUUACAAUGCUAUCGAUCCUGGUGCCUCUUUAUCAUGGGUCGAGUCGUUUGUCCCUGAUGAGCCUGGAGAAGGGAGAGUGGAAGGCUGUUUGAACUGCCCUCAGCUCUCACAGGUCUGCGGCAUGGUAAACUUCAACGCCCAGCCUUAAAACAGCCCUGCAAACAGCAAUCAAAAGAAGAUCCCUUGUAUACGUUUAACUCAUAUUCUAAUCAACCUGUGCCAUGCUAAACUUCUAUGCCCAGCCUUAAAACAGCCCUGAAAACAGCAAUCAAAAGAAGAUCCCUUGUAUACGUUUAACUCAUAUGCUAAUCAACCUGUGCCACUCUGUUUGUUUGCAAAUUAUACGCAAUAAAAUUCAUAA